AUGUUGUCAAGACCUUUGCUUUUAUCGCUUCUCUCACUGUCCGCCCAGGUCGUGAAUGCGGAUUUUGGAAUCACGACCAGUGAUGAUUCCUAUGUCAUAAAUGCCAAUUCCCCCAAUUCGCUGCAGUUCACAGUGAACCGCGGUAGCUGCGAUAUUACUUCUAUCGUGUAUUACGGCUCAGAGCUGCAGUAUUCCAGUGUGGGCAGUCAUAUCGGCUCUGGUCUGGGGACUGCGACAGUUUCUGCCACUCAGGAUGGCGACUAUAUCAAAGUGACCUGUGAAACUGACACGUUGACUCAAUAUAUGGUGGUUCACAAUGGGGACCCUAUCAUACACAUGGCAACCUACAUCACAGCAGAACCAUCCAUCGGCGAACUGCGUUUCAUUGCUCGGCUCAACUCAGACUUGCUGCCCAAUGAGGAGCCAUUCGGAGAUGUCUCCAACACCGCUAAUGGGGAGGCCAUUGAAGGAUCUGAUGUGUUUCUGGUGGAUGGAGAAACUCGUAGCAAGUUCUAUUCCAGCCAGCGUUUCAUCGACGACCAACGGCACUGCAUUGCGGGUGAUGCGCACCGCGUUUGCAUGAUCCUGAAUCAGUACGAAAGCUCUUCUGGUGGCCCGUUCCAUAGGGAUAUCAACUCCAACAACGGAGGCAGUUACAAUGCCCUCUACUGGUACAUGAAUUCGGGCCAUGUUCAAACCGAGUCCUACCGCAUGGGCCUUCACGGGCCCUAUUCGAUGUACUUUAGCCGCAGCGGCACCCCCAGCACCGACAUUGAUACAUCCUUCUUCGCAGAUCUCGACAUCAAGGGUUAUGUAGCUGAGACAGGCAGGGGAACAGUGUCGGGAACAGCAUCUGGUGCUGAUUCAAACUUUGACUGGGUUGUUCAUUGGUACAAUGACGACGCACAGUACUGGACAUACACCUCGUCCGGUGGUAGCUUCACCUCUCCAGCCAUGAAGCCCGGAACAUACACCAUGGUCUACUACCAAGGCGAGUACGCGGUUGCCGAAAGUUCCGUCACGGUCACCGCAGGCUCGAGCACCAGCAAGGACAUUUCCGGAUCAGUCUCGACAGGAACCACUAUCUUCAAGAUUGGCGACUGGGACGGACAGCCAACUGGUUUCCGCAACGCCGGAAACCAGCUCCGGAUGCACCCAUCCGACUCCCGAAUGUCCUCCUGGGGCCCACUAACCUACACCGUGGGCAGUUCCUCCCUGACUGACUUUCCCAUGGCGAUCUUCAAGGACACCUACAGCCCCGUGACGAUUAAGUUCACUGCAACGUCGUCUCAGACGGGAGCAGCGACGCUCCGCAUCGGAACCACGCUGUCCUUUGCAGGAGGCCGUCCUCAAGCCACGAUCAAUUCUUACAAAGGAUCUGCUCCAUCUGCGCCUACAAAUCUGAACUCUCGCGGGGUUACCCGUGGUGCAUACAGAGGAUACGGGGAGGUUUAUGAUGUGUCCAUUCCAUUGGGAACGAUCGUGGAGGGCACGAAUACGAUCACGAUCGAUGUCAUUUCUGGUAGUUCUGGAGAUGAAUUUUUGAGUCCGAACUUUAUCUUUGACUGUGUGGAGCUUUUCCAGUGA